AAUUAGAUUUGUAAAAUAAAAAGCAAAACUACAUCACUGUUUGUUAAAAUCAGUCGUUAAAUAGUUAAAAUUUCUUCGGAAGGAAGUGGCAAAAUAAAGCCUCCUACAAUAUUUUAAACCUUUAUUUACUCAUUUAACUAAAUAAAAAAACAUAUACGUGUUAAGUAAAAGUAAACAGCGGCUAAAUGUUUUGAGGGAUAUUUCGCGCUGUUUUUCGCUUGUGGUUGUUGUCAUGGUGAGGGCGGAGGAGGAAAUAUGGCGUCAGAUUCAAACAGACGCUGAGGGAGUUUCAUAAUAACACGGAUUUAAACGUUUUUAUUUCGUUUCACUUCAAUAUUUAAUCAAACACUGCUGUACGAGGACCACAUGCCUUUAAACAGUCUCAGAAGCGUGGCGUCACGUUGAGCUCAUGCCCACAGAAUCUCCCUCAGUUCGUCCGCGUCAUGGCAGUCGGGCCAGACGUAAAGACCCUGGUCACACCCUGCGGGCGUCUCAUCCGUCUGCUCCACACUCACAGGAGGAGAUCCACAGACUCAGGGACGUGAUCGAUCGGCUGCAGAGAGACAGACAGGACGCUGGGAGAGAGACGGGGCUCACAGAUGAGCUCCGCUGGAAGAUCAACCAGCUGGAGAAGGAGAAACUGGAUUUCACUUCCAAGCACAAUGAAGAGGUGGCGCAGUACGAGGCGCAGGUGGCACGGCUGCGGGCGCAGGUGGAGCGCGGCGAGGCGCAGCGGCAGACGAUGGAGUACGACAUCGCUGUGGUGAGGAGAGACGCAGCGGCCGAGAGGAGAAACACUGAGGAGAAGAUCGACGACCUGAAGAAAGAGCACCACAGGCUGCACGUCCUCAACCUGGAGCUGCAUCAGAGGGUAUCAGAUCUCCAGAGAUCUUUAGAAAUAACACAGCAGGCUCGUGAAGAUGACCUGAAGGGCCUCACCACGGAGCUGCACGAGAGAGACCAUCUGCUGCUGAGCGCGAACUCUGAGAACGAACUGCUGCAGGCCGACAAGAGCAGACUACAGACACUGAUACAGGAGCAGAAUGACACUCUACAGAAGGUAAGAUGUGAAAUGGAGAGAAUGAAGAGAGAGCGAGAGAAGACUACAGAGAAGCUGAAGCAUAAAUCAACAGAACUGAAGCAGAGCUCCGAGAGAGAAGAGAAGCUGCGCUCCGAUCUGGAGGCAGCUCUGCAGAAGGUGAAGGCUCUGGAGCAGAGCGUUGAGUCGGAGCGUGCCGCACACCUGCAGUCUAAAUUUAACUCUGAGAUCAUUCAGAUGAGGAUGAGGGAUCUGGAGGAGGCUCUGGAGGUGGAGAAGAGCAGUCACACUGAGGUCACAUCACGUCUGGAGCUCCUGAAGCAGAAGUGUGGAGAGCUGGAGAGAGCGAACGAUCACGAGAGAGACCAAUCACGUGACACGAGCCACAAACUCACACAGUUGGAGAAGGACUUCUUGACCAUGAAAACUGAUCUGAUUGGUCAGCUGGAUCAGGAGAAGGCUGCAUCUGCUGAGCUGAUUGGACGGUUAGAGCAGGAAAGGGCGGAGUCAGUGAAGCUGUCAGUCAAACUGCAGGAGCAGGAGAAAGUUUGGACAGAGAGACAACAGGAAAUCAGCCGGUCUCUGGUGUGUGUGCAGCAGUCCUACGAGACUCUGUUGACUGAUCUUGAUCAUGUGGUGCAGCAGUAUCAGCAGCAGGGGGCGACACACACUCAUAACACAGAGGAAGGAGGUAAACACACAGCAUCUGCUCUAAUGGACGUUCUGCGGAAAACACUACACUACUACAACACACAGUUGCAGGAGUCUGUGAUUGUGAUGCAGAAGUUGAAUCAUGAGGUCCGACAGAAGGAUGAAACGAUCACUGAUCUCCAGAGGAACGUGCAGGAGUGUGAGGCUCGAGGCGUGUGUGUAAAUGAAGAGGUGAAGCGUUUGCGUGUGUGUGUUGCAAACGCCGCAGCUGAUCUGCGCAGCCUCAAAACACAACACACACACACACAAACACAGAUGAACAAACUCCAGCAGCAACAUCACAACGACUGCCAGGAGAAGCUGACGUUCCUCCACACACUGUAUCAGCGUCUGCUCGCCGGAUGUGUGCUGGUGACCCCGCCGCACAGCAUGCUGGGUAGCUUCUCAUGGGCGGAGCUUAGCGGCGUGGUGCAGGAGCACGUGGACAGGCUGACCUCUGACCUCUCUGUGGCCAAUCAGAAGGUGUCACACCUAGAGAGUGUGUGUGAGGGGAAGUCAGCUGCGCUGGAGAGUGUGAGCGCUCAACUGAGACAGAGAGAGGAAAGCUGGAGCAAACAGAGAGAAGAUCUCCACACACAACACACACACCUCAACAAGCAGCUGCAGCACAAGAUACAGGAUCUCAGCAGGCAGCUGCAGCAGGCCGAGGGGCGUGUCCACUCUCUGGAGCACACUCAGUGCCAGCAGGAACAGGAAGUGAUGCGUCUGGUGAGCGCGAGCGGCGUGUUAGCGGGAUGCGUGCGCGGUCUGCGCAGACAGGUGUGUGCUCUGGUCUGGCAGAAGACUGUGCUGCAGGAGCAGGUGUGCGGCGCAGGCGUCCUGAGGUCAGAGGUCAGCAGGCUGCUGCAGGCGCUGGGUGACGGCGGGGUCAAAGGUCGUGGCGUGCGCAGGUUCCGCAGCGGUGUGAUCGCGGUGCUGGCGGCGGGGCGUCUGCGAGCGCUGGGACGCAGGUCUACGGUGAUGUUCAGGGUCGCGCUGGGGCUCGGUCUGCAGCCGCUCCUGAGCGUGAACCAGCUGAAGCUCGGAGAGGAAGAAGAAGAAGAAGAAGAGGAGGAGCGCAGGGUGAUGAAGACGCUCACAUCCUCCAAGCUGCUCCAGAUCAUACACACCUGCAUGGAGGACGUGCAGCAGGAACUCAACAGAAGCGGUGGUGUGAAGGACUCCUCGUGUGUGUUGUCAGCGGCUCAGAGCUCCUGUAGGAAGUUGCUGGAGAGGUUGCUGUCAGACGUGGACUCUCAGUGCUGCGUGAAUUAUGGGAAGGAUUCGUUAACACGGCGACUGGCUGACGGACUCCACACACUCGUCAGACACAGCUACUGUAACAGCAAGAUGAUGGUGGCGUCUCUUCAGAAGCACAUGCUGGAGUUCACGCAGCGUCUGCAUUCAGCGGAGGUCGAGCGCAGGAACCUGAGACUGGAGAUCUCACGCAUCAAUCGCACAAACAGCUGCAGGGACACACACACCGCGUGUGUGCCCCUCCAGCGGUUCGAGAGUGUGUGUGAGGAGCUCAGCAGUGCCCUACAGAGAGAGCAGCGCGCUCAGGCUCUGCUGCACGAUCAGGCCUCUCAGCUGCAGCAGCUGGGCCUCAGCAUGGAGCUGCACACUGGGGAAGAGCUGGAGAAGGACCGCACACUCGCUCAGGCUGUGCAGAGUUUGUCAGACGCCAAGCUGCAGCUGAGGAGGAAGGAUCAGUCGCUGCGCUCGCUGGGGAAACAGCUCAGCCAAUCACAGCAGGAGAACAGACAGCUGCAGCAUGACAUCACCAGAGCCGAGGACACACUGAGCACCGCGGAGAUGAAUAAAGAGUCUCUGCUGAGCUACAUGACGUCUGUGGAGGAACAUUUACAAGAGAUGAAAGAUCACGUCAUUCUCUCCAGAAGAGCCUCUUCACAGGAUGACUUCACCCUACAGCUCUCAAGAUUGUCCCUCAUACCGUCAGACCUGCAAAGGAUCAUGGGAAACCCACAGAUAGAAGCAUGUCGGCGUCUGGUGAUGCGUUUCCUGGAGCUGCAUCAGCUGGUGUGCUCUAAACUAUCCUCUCAGGAGAGAUCGAUCUCAUCACAUGAGUCUCACAUCACGGCUCUGAAGACUGAACUACAGCACGCUUGUCUGCGGGAGAGAGACAGCUGUGUACCGCUGCGUGCGACCUCCGACCCCUCAGCAGAGGUGGAUUAUGGGAUGUGUUUUCUGACAGAUGCAGAUCUUCGGAGGACAGUCAGAGAGAGAAAACACUGAUGAACUGAAGCUGAAUCACUGUGAAACAGGAGCGUUUCCUCUCUAUAACAUCUGUGGAUGAUGUGUAAUCGUGACACUGUUAGCUUGGGUUAUUAAAUCUGCUGUGGCUUAUCGGUGCCAGUGCUGCAGUGUUUCUCACAUACACAAAACGACACCGACGGGAGAGUGGGGUAAGAUGUGUCGCACCCGAAAGCUAGUGCAAUCCACAGGGUUUUUUUUAAAUGGUAGCUUCAGAAAGAUAGAUAUUUUUUAAAGCUAGAUAAAGAUAAAGCUCACAGUAAAUACAUUUCAGCUUUAAUCAAAGUUAUAAGAGUCUCACGCAGGCACAUCGUGUCAAAUAGUUUCUUUUUUUGUGAAAACAUGACUACUGAGGGAAAUAUAUGAUUUCAAUAUUUGUGUGAAUGCAUAAUAGGAAACCAACUCUCUUCAGAAAAGUUUCAAUGGCAUUUGCUUUCAUCUUUUCAAAGAAAAUAAUUGUGGAUGAUCUAGUAGUUUAGACAAAAGCUUCACUGCUGAAUUUCCUGGUUUAUUUGAGUUUAUCAGACUUUUCUCAGAGGUUUGAUAUAAGAUUAGAAACCAGAGCAGCACAGCUUUCCGUUGUAAAUACUGCAGUUACACAACCUGCAGAAACACUUGCUAGAGUUGGGGUACUCGAACUUGGACUCGGACUCGAGUCCGGACUCGAGUCCAAUUUUGAAUGAACUCGGACUUGUCACGCACUCGGGUGAAUUUGUACUCGGACUUGACACGGACUUGAAC